AUGACACCUCUCAGCACCUUGGCGACGACAAUCAUCUUCGCCAGCGUUGCUCAUGCAGCAAGCUUAAGUUUUCUAGGCUGUGUCAAGGCGUCUGCCCUCAGCUCAUAUACAGGUACUUCACAAACCAGUCGAUCUGCAUGCCAGGCAUAUUGCUUGAAUGUCUCCGGAAAUCUGCACGGUGCAGCGUAUAUAGCUGACACCUCCCGGUGUUAUUGCGUGCCGAGCAAUAAUUUGCUUAAUGGUUUCCUUUACUCAGACUUGGUCAAAGGGACGGACAGUGUUGGUAAUUGCUAUACGUCCGACGCCUCUUACGAUUCGCAGGUCACACAGGCACAGGCCGAUACCAUUGCUUCUAACGGCCAGGUACCCUAUGCACAAUUCACAGGCUGUUACACCUCUCAGCCGCCUGCCGGACCCAAAGGAUCUCGCCAGUUCUCAAGAACUCAGAGGCUCAAUCAGGUUCCGUAUUACGUCCAGGUCGGGGGCUAUCGAUCGUACGCGUUCUGGAUCAGCGCCGUCUCUGGUCGAUCAGGCUUCAAUUAUACUGGUUACAACGACUGGGAUCUUGAUCUAUCCUCGCUUACCCCCACUGAUUGUUCCGCGACUGGUUCCGAUACCUGGCUGGUUGCUCUCGGCCCGGAACCCUCUGCGACUCCUUCUGCCUGCCUGAAUACCAACUACGAGCUAGAGUCGUGCGGUGGAUGCAAAUAUGGUGAAUAUCUGGGUGAUUACCGAAGGCCUUACCUGGUUAAUACGACUAUGUCUGCGGGACAGGACUGCUCGAAUAUCGCCGGCGCAGAACCAUGGGGUGUAUCCUGUUCAAGUGGUCGAUGCGACAUCAAGGCGUGUAUUGAAGGUUAUUCCUUGGUCGAUGGGAAUUGUGAGCAGAUUAUGUAG